AAGUCAGUGACUUCUCUUAUAAAAUGGCAUUUUUUUUUCGGUGUAAACUCUGAAAAUAGUUCAAUCCAAGAUUAUUGUUUAGUGUAAACGAUUUUGAAGAUUAGCUGAUAGGCUGUCGAUUCAUUAAAUGAUAAGCUGUUUCCUAUAAAAAGCGGUUUAUUCAGGGUAGUGAAGCCUCUCCUCCAUUGACAUCCAUUUAAAAACAGCUUUUGGUUUCCUUUGUACUGCAAAAGCGGAAACGUAUGCUCUUGUGUUAACGCUUUUUUGGCUAAAGGUUUCAGGCUUGCCUUCUAGUGGCUCUGAUUACUAUUACUGUAACGUUACUGUGUCUGUCUGUUCCGAGCAGUGCAUCAAUGUCUGGUAUAUUUAAGGCAGUGUCGAAGUUUCGUUUGGCUUUGGUGCAGUUACAUGUGUCAAAGAUCAAGGCGGACAAUUUGGGAAGAGCACAAAAAAUUGUGAAGGAGGCUGCAGGACAAGGUGCAAAAGUUGUAGUGUUACCUGAGUGCUUCAACUCCCCUUAUGGAACCGGGUUCUUUGCUGAGUAUGCUGAGAAGAUCCCAGGAGAGUCCACACAGGUGUUGUCGGAGGCAGCCAAGGAGUGUGGGGUCUAUUUAGUGGGCGGUUCCAUUCCUGAGGAGGACGGAGGAAAGAUCUAUAACACCUGCUCAAUUUUUGGACCUGAUGGAAAGCUGCUUGUCAAACACAGGAAAAUUCAUCUUUUUGAUAUUGAUGUACCAGGGAAAAUACGGUUUCAGGAGUCUGAAACACUAAGUCCAGGAAACAGUUUAUCCAUGUUUGAAACCCCAUUUUGUAAAGUAGGUGUGGGAAUAUGUUAUGACAUCAGAUUUGCGGAGCUAGCACAGAUCUACGCUAAAAAAGGUUGCCAGCUUUUGGUAUAUCCUGGUGCCUUCAAUAUGACCACAGGUCCAGCUCACUGGGAGCUGCUGCAGAGGGGGAGGGCAGUAGAUAAUCAGGUCUAUGUGGCUGCUGCUUCACCAGCAAGAGAUGAGAGUGCCAGCUAUGUGGCCUGGGGUCACAGCUCUGUGGUUAACCCUUGGGGGGAGGUAAUUGCCAAAGCUGGAUCAGAGGAAUCCAUUGUAUAUGCUGAUAUAGACCUGCAGUAUUUGGCUGAUAUGCGUCAGCAGCUCCCAAUCACCACACAGAGACGGAAUGAUCUAUAUAGUGUUAAUAGUGUUCAGGAGGGCUGAACACUCGUUCACACGAAGCACUGCAGUGGACAUUUAGUCCUGACUUAAGACAGACUAAGUCAUCACAUUGGGUUAGCCACAAGUCUUCUUUAGUGUAAUGUGGGGUAUUGCACACAAAUAUGUUUUAAUUAUUCCAAAUAACAAGUGCCUCACAAUUUGUAUUCUUUUGCUGAUUCUUUUAGAACAGAAAUUAUAUUUGUAAUAGAUAAGAGGUUUUUUAGUGGUGAAAAGAUUGGUUUCAUCAGUGGGAGAAAAAUAUUAAGCAUGAUAUUAAGUUAUUGAUAUUAUCAAGUGGCUUCCAAAUCAAAAUAAUUAGAUUUUACACUGUCAUUGUAUUAAAUCCAAAAGAGAUUAAAAUAUUAUCUGGAAAUUGUGUACUUCA